AUGCCUGACUCAUCAACCUCCCCGCGUUCACCCUCAGUACUAUCUGAGCGUCGGAAUUGGAGGAGGCUAUCAGGCUUAUCCACGUCCUCGAGCGCCCGACAACCAGCCAACGGUCACUCCACCGCAAUCACAGAAGAAAUCAGCGAGAUCAAACGAUAUGAGGAUUUCACAACUAUCGACUGGGUUCAGGAUGCGGUGCACGAGCAAGCGCGACGGAGAGCAAAGCGGCGAAAUGGGUUUGGUUUCUGGGAUCAAGAAGGCGCUUUUGGGUGGAGACGCAAAGUGCGCGAGUCCUACGAUGCUGGGCAAGCUUGGCUAGUUAUCACGAUUGUUGGCGCCGUGAUUGGGUUUAUCUCGGCCUUCUUAAACAUAAUCACCGAGUGGUUGUCGGAUAUCAAGCUCGGCCAUUGUACGACAGCAUUCUACCUCAAUGAAUCAUUCUGUUGCUGGGGCGCGGAGGGAGGUUGUCCCGAAUGGAAGACGUGGACUUCUUGGUGGCUCUUGAAUUAUGUCAUUUAUAUCUGCUAUGCGAUGCUAUUUGCCUUGAUUGCUGCGAGUCUAGUCAAAUCGUUCGCCCCCUAUGCCGCUGGUUCCGGUAUCUCCGAAAUAAAAUGCAUUAUAGCUGGUUUUGUUAUGAAAGGCUUCUUGGGUGCAUGGACUCUUUUGAUAAAGUCCAUUGCGUUGCCGUUGGCCAUCGCCUCCGGCCUCUCUGUGGGUAAAGAGGGUCCUAGUGUCCACUUUGCCGUUUGUGCGGGGAAUGUCAUCUCGCGGCUUUUCAGCAAAUAUAAACAGAGUGCGUCAAAGACUAGAGAGGUCUUGACAGCCACAGCCGCGGCUGGCGUGGCUGUCGCAUUCGGCAGUCCCAUUGGAGGAGUGCUUUUUUCCCUCGAGGCGAUGAAUCCCUUCAGGACUGGACAGCUGGUUAUGUUCCAGGUGCAAUACGACCGUACUUGGCAUUUUUUUGAGUUGAUAUUCUUCGUUUUCCUUGGUGUGUUUGGCGGAUUAUACGGGGCCUUUGUGAUCAAGUGGAACCUUAGAGUCCAAGCAUUCCGCAAGAAAUACCUCUCGCAACAUGCUGUUAUGGAAUCGGUUAUCCUUGCUGCGCUGACGGCGGUACUAUGCUAUCCCAACAUGUUCUUGAAGAUUAACAUGACAGAGAUGAUGGAGAUCCUGUUCCGGGAAUGUGAAGGCGGUCAUGACUACCAUGGCCUUUGCGAGUCCAAAAACCGGUGGCCUUUGGUCGGGUCGCUUGCUAUCGCGACGAUUCUCCGCAUAUUUCUGGUCAUCAUAUCCUAUGGUUGCAAAGUACCUGCGGGAAUUUUUGUACCAUCCAUGGCGAUCGGAGCAUCGUUUGGCCGUCUGGUUGGGGUCCUUGUCCAGGCGUUGCACGAACGGUUCCCUGAAUCGGCGUUCUUCGCGGCCUGUGAACCGGAUGUGCCAUGUAUUACUCCAGGAACCUAUGCCUUCUUGGGCGCAGGGGCAGCCCUGAGUGGUAUCAUGCAUUUGACCAUCUCAGUCACGGUCAUCAUGUUUGAAUUGACCGGAGCUUUGACUUAUAUUCUCCCCACCAUGAUCGUGGUAGGAGUCACAAAAGCCGUUAGUAGCCGCUUUGGAAAUGGUGGUAUCGCGGACCGAAUGAUCUGGUCCAAUGGCUUUCCUUUCCUCGAUAACAAGGAAGACCAUGUCUUCAACGUCCCUGUGUCGCACGCGAUGACGGCCGAUCCUGUCACGCUUCCUGCAUCCGAUUUUCCUGUGCGUGAAGCAGAGCAUCUUCUGAGCGAUAAUAAAUUCCAAGGCUUCCCUAUAGUCGACAACCGAACGAAUAAGACACUUGUCGGAUACAUUGGCCGCACGGAACUACGGUACGCCAUUGACCGUGCUAGAGCGGAAGGCAUACUCGCCCCCAAUGCCCGAUGUGUGUUCACCAAAGAAGCUGCUGAAGCUUCAGUAGCACGCAGAGCAUCUUCUUCAUCACCACAUCACUUAGCUCCUGAUACAUUUGAUGCCAUCCAACAGAGCGUCGGCUCCAGCUUCAUAGACUUCAGCAGAUACGCGGACCACACACCGCUAACAGUGCAUCCGCGCCUGCCCCUGGAGACUGUGAUCGAAAUCUUCAAGAAGAUUGGACCGCGCGUCAUCCUCGUGGAGCACCGCGGCCGCUUAACCGGCCUCGUCACUGUCAAAGAUUGUCUGAAGUACCAGUUCAAAGUCGAAGCCCAGGAACACGCACUUGCUGCGACCCAGGCUUCAGAAGGCCCACUGGGAGACCAGACAAGUGCCCGAUCUGGCGACACGCUGGAGGAGCGGGUGUGGAACUUGAUACAACGAGUCGGCUCCAAAUUGCCCCGUUGGCGGCCAGCGGGUCGCGUCGCUUUGUCUGACCACCAGGAAGGAAGGGGCAUCUCCAGCGGCACUGAUGACGAAAACGAUAGACUGAUGGAACUAGAAGAACGGCCAUAG